UUUUCCCUGCUUUUGUUUCACCCGAACACCUUUUCCAUGCGGAACUUUAUCAUUUCCGCUUCCGGCCCAGCUGUCAACAAACUAACCACGAGUUCCCAACAGCAAUGCCUAAAACGCAGAAGAAGGGAAAAGCCCCGGAGAAGGUUGUGCAUCCGUACAGUCGGAAAGCAGCCUACUUGGCCCGGGAAGAAAUACGACUCAGGAAGAAAGACCGACACAAAGUUGAAAAAGCUGCCCGUCUGAAUAAUAUCGGUGACAAGCUGUUAUGGUUUCAGAGCCAGUUGGACCCAGAAAAGACCACGUACACUAUGAAGGAUGCUUGUCACAUCAUCGAAAGGUACCUGCAACGAUUUGACGGCGAGCUGGAGCAGAUCGAGCUGGUCAACAGCAUCAAGGGCCGGAAGGGGCGUCUCCACGGCGCCAGGGAGGACUUCAUCAAGCAAACCAUCGAGCGCGAGCGGGCGCUGUUCCACGGCGCCGGGUUCGAGAUCCCAGACUUUAUCAACACGAAAAAUCUGAAAACAUUCAGGGAAUGGACGGGAGAUUUGAAGAAACUUCCUAACAUUAAAUUCACGAAGGUUUCCAACACUGGCGUGGAAGUCAAGGACAAAAAAGAGCAGAAGAACGACAAAGAGGAACAAAAGGACAACAAAGAAGAAGAGUUGGGCGAUAAUGAUGAAGAUAGCGAUGAAGAGUUGGACGAAAACAUUCUGAUGUCUGACUCCGACUAAGAUUUCUUUUGUUGUCUUGCAUGAGACUUCCCAAAGACUUUUUUUAACCACAAACGACUCUACACGUUUUCUACAUUGGGUUUAUUGCACAAACAAGCUAAAUGUGUCUUUUUAGCUAAUCAAAUUCAUGGUGUCGUGAAGGGUUUCCCAACUUUUUGUGGCGUCUCUGGUAGAAACGUGAACACGUAAACAAAGCGACUAACAUGUCGUUUCUAAACGUAGCGCCAUAAUGAAAGACUGCAAUCUGACCUUUAAAACGUCACACCUCCCACAAAUGAUCAUGUUUGCUCAAUCGCAAAAGUGGCAAAAAAAUACAAAUAACUCACUGAACCAAAUUUGAUUUCAAGUAAUUACAUGGGUGUGUUAAUAAAUUACAAUAUU